AAUUUGGCAUAUUCAUUUGAUUGAGCUAUUUGUCAAAGCACUCACUUUCAUAUUUGUAAUAAAUACUAAAUAAGGAUUCUUGUAAAUAUUUUAAUACCACUGCAUCGUAUAAACAAAACAAAAUAUAAUUUCUAUAUUGAUAGAGUACUUACGCAAUCACCUUGUAGUCGAUUGGAAAUCUCAUAGAACAUAUGUAUGUCAUCGAAAAACCAGUCUCUUAUGCAGGCACUACGAUGCCCAACACUCGGUUUGUCGAACAGUCGAUGUUGAGGUCUUGAGGAGCGCGCGCGCAGCCACGUCCGAACAUUUAUAAAGCCCGUUGCAACAUUAUCGCAUCUCUCAUUCCGUUGACAACAAUCCGCGAGGACGGACGAUAGUUACGAUGGCUAAAGAAGACUUUUUGAAGGCCAUCCUCUAUUGUGUAAACAUUGUAUUCGGUGUGUUCGGCUUGGUGUCCGCUGCCACUGGAAUUUGGUUCUUUGUGCAAUUAGCCGAGUUUGUGCGGUUGAGGAACACCAACCAUUACUUGUUGGACUAUAGAGUGUACUGGCCCCAGGUGGCGCCAUGGCUGUUCAUACUGUUGGGACUGUUUAUAAUAACGGUGGCUUUCUGUGGAUGGUGUGGUGCUAACAGGGAGAGCAGGGGACUCCUUGGACUUUACGGGAUCUUCUUAACCCUGAUCAUUGUUGGACAACUUAUCGCGGCUACCCUGAUAUUUGUAUUCGUCGACGGCGAAGACACGGAUCGUUUUAUCAAGGACACAGUCUACGAUGGAUAUUACAAUUCUCAAUCAAACCCUGAUGUGUUCAAAGCUUUCGGAUGGAUCGAAAGGAAACUCAAGUGCUGCGGUGCGAACGACGCAAGAGAUUACAGGAGUUGGAGGAACGAUCUGCCUUUGACUUGUUGCCUGGACAGCUACUACAGGGCCACCUGCGACUUCACAGACAAGGAAGCCAAUGAAAGAUUGGGAUGUGCUAAAGUGGCCUCAGUGUACACAAAGAUUAUAAGUUCAUCAAUCGCCGGCGCGUCUCUCAUCAUUGCUAUUGUCGAAAUAACAGGCGUUAUCAUCGCGUGGAAACUGUUCCAUUCAAUGAGGGAGGUAGAACACUAUAUAACAGAAAGAAAAGAAGGAGAAACCGAGUGUUAGGUGCCGAAUGAGUCAGUAUUAAAGAACCGCCGAAUAGUAUAUCUUUGUCGAUAUGAACGUCACAACUGUCGAGUAUUUUCACGCCAUAUUUACGCCGAGACGAAACGAACUACGAUUCGGCCUGAAGUAACUUUUCCUACGCUUACCAGAGAAAGUUUUCCUGUAGAUCUUUCAUGGUGUUUUAUUGCAUUUGCUCUGUAUAGGGAAUAAAGUUCGUUUCCUUACUGUAAAGGAAAUACAAGAAAUCUUUAUUUCGCGCUGCUAUCUCUCUACUUAUAUGUGAUUAGUUUAAGCUUUUCAAACAUUCCAAUAGUAUCGCCCCGCGGUCACUGUUCAUGCUUGAUUAUGUAAUGCAAUUUCUAUUUUAAUUCGUCAUUAGAGUUGGUUUCGGCCACGCCUUAGGUCAAAGUGUUCAAGACAGAUUCGAGCGAGUGGGUUCAAUCAGCUGCAUCCUUCUCAAGUACGUGAUUCAUAAUGUACCUUCAUUGACUCAUGUAUAAUGAAACUCAAUUGUAGCCAAGACUCGGAUCUGACUGACCUCGCCCCCCCACCAAGUGUCACAACGUGACACACAUUUUAUAGUAAUUUAAGUAAGUUGUACCUACGACUGCAGGUUUUGUAAGACUAUGCUAAUGUGCGCUGUAUUAUAAUGCAGCCAUGGAAGUGAUAUGUCAAUGGUAUGAUAGAAGGUCGUGUAUGAGAAAAGAUUGACCUCAUUUUAGCGUGUUUCGCAUCUUGUUAGUGAGGUUUUACUAAUGGUAGUACACUAUAUGGAAGACGCGAUUGUGAAGUAACUUAUAAAGACUUGACAUCUUUGUUUGGUUUGCCACUAUUGGUAUGUUUUUGUGUAAUUGUUUACGCAACACACGCAUUCGUGUGGCAUAGUGAUGUCAUAGAAUUAUUGAUAUUACAAUUU